UAAAGGUAGAGCCGCACUCAGAGCGCGCGGAUUCGGUGAUCAGACAGCUGAAAGCGGAGAUCAGCGCGCAGGACACCUAAUCUUACAUCAUAUAAGAAAUAGCACAGCACUGAGGAGCGGAGCCAUGCUUGCUGAGUGUUUGGAGUUUUUGGGGCUGACGCUGUGCGCCACGGGCACGCUGCUGGUCGUUGUCGCGUGCGGGCUGCCCAUGUGGACGGUGAGCGCGUUCAUCGACGCCAACAUCAUGGUGGCUCAGAACAUCUGGGAAGGUCUGUGGAUGUCCUGCGUGGUACAAAGCACCGGCCAGAUGCAAUGCAAAAUCCACGACUCGGUCCUGGCCCUGACGCAAGACCUGCAGAUGGCGCGCGCCCUCACGGUCAUCGCUGCUGUGUUGGGGAUCGUGGCGCUGGCGGUGACGGUGACCGGAGCGCAGUGCACCAACUGCAUCAAGGAUGAGAUGGUGAAAGCGAAGGUGGUGAACGCCGGGGGGGCGAUCUACAUCAUCAGCGGGCUGUUCAUGCUGGUCCCACUCUGCUGGAUGGCCAACAACAUCAUCGUGGACUUCCACGACCCGCUGGUGCCCUCGUCUAGGAAAAGGGAGAUCGGAGCGGCCAUCUACACCGGCUGGGGCGCGUCCGCGCUGUUGCUGCUUGGAGGAACCCUGCUGUGCUGUUCUUUAACCCACGGAGCCAGAGAGACGUAUGGCAUCAAAUACGGCCCCACCAAGUCGAUCACAGCCAACGGAGAGUUCGACAAGAAGCACUAUGUAUAAAACGGAGAGUUCGCUUAGAAAUUGGAGACGUUAUUUUUGCAUUUGUACAGUUGUUGCGCCUCUUUGCGCGCCGAUGGAUCAGAAGCUCGUGAUUACAAGAACCAAAGAGCAUGACUGUAAAAAUUCGUGCAACUGUCACUGAACUGAAUUUAAGUUUUUUUUUUUUGUUUGUUUUGUUGUUUUGCAUUUAUUGAUGCUCCUAAAGGAGUUUACCCCUGCUUAGAGCAUCACAGCAACUCAGGAGUAAAUUCAGCUGUUCAGGUUUAGAUGAGUGCGUUAAAGAGAGGCUGAGAUUAGUACCACGUGUGUUCUUUUAUUAUGUUUCUGUACAGGCUUCACUGUAAACAGUUUUGUGGACUCAUUCUUAAGAUUUUGGUCUGUUCCCUCAGUGAAGCCUUUUCAGACUGAUGUUACUCAUGUUGUGAUCAAAGGAUGAGUGGAUGUGUACAGUGUUUUUUAUUUCUUGUUAUUUGAUAAAGAAUUUUAUUCUAAUAAACACAGAAGAAACUGCA